CCGCCCCUGCCCCCGCCCCUGCCCCCGCCCCCAUCCUUUCCCCUCCACCCUUCCCUUCCGGCCGCUCGCCGAUCGCCAUCAGAAGCCCCCGCAGGGCCACACGCCGCUCGACAUAGACUCCUCGCCCCGGGCCGCGCCAUCGGAACGCCCCGCGAGGCCGAGCUUUGCCAUCGGAAGUACGGAACCACCCCGGCAGCGCGUCGCUCGCCACCGGAACCUCCCGCGAGGCCGAGCGCUGCUAACCAUCGGAAGUUUGGAGACACCCCGGCCGCGCGCCGCUCGCAGCUCGCCAUUGGAACCCCCCGCGUGGCCGCGCACCACUCGCAAUCUGCUUCCGAGUUCCGCUGUUCCGCUGCCGCACGCCCACUUCAUCUGGAACUAAAGAACCCGAGACUUCAGCUUUACUCUGCUGCAAAGUACUACGAUAAGUCUUACCUUCGCACACUGAAUAGUAGCAGAUGCAUAUUGACAUCUUCUACAACACCUUUUAGAGAUCUUAGGGAUCGUUUCAACAUAAUUUCGGUGAGGUUGGUGUCAUCUUCUACAGCCUGGGUCUGCCGCACCACCUUGGCCCCACAAAACUAGGACAACGGGAAAUGGGAAAUGGGAAAUUCCAUUUCCUAUUCAAGGAAGAAUAAGUGAGGGAAGAAAUUACUUGUGGGAUUGCCGCGGUUGAGGUCGUCUUCUAUUUCUCCUCGGUUAGAAGAUUAGUUGUUUCGCUAUAAUGGAUAAGAGUUGGAUGACCAAACAUAGAAAUAGCGAUGAAUAUAAAAAAUGGAGUCUCAAUUCUCAGGUUCUUGUUGAGAUUGUGAGAUUCACCCAGAAGCAGGGCUUAAAAGGAGCUGUUGGAGGAUGGAAAGAUUUUCUGACACGCUAUGAUAAGAAAUUUGGUUCUAGCUUAAGUGAUCCUGCAAAAAGGUCUAAAGAUAUCUUGAUUGCUUUUCUUGAGACGUUUCCUCAACAAUUCCAGAAGUAUUUUGGCAAAAUGGUCAAACGUCACUAUGAUCGCAAAACCAUAGAGCAGUACAUCAAGGACUAUCCUGACAAGGAAUCUCCUGAGCAGAGAUUGGUCCGGUUGACGAUGGAAAACCCGCAGCACAUGCAACAUUACUUUUUUCCAUCCUAUAAUGAGGGGUGGAAGGUAAUGACAAUAGGCAAAACCUCUGAGGUGAUGAACUCAAAAGCGAUGAUUUCAAUUGAUUGUGAGAUGGUCCUUUGCCAGGAUGGUACUGAAUCAGUCGUCAAAGUAUGUGCAGUUGAUCAAAAUUUGGAGGUUAAGCUGAACAAAGUUGUAAACCCCAAUAAAGCUGUUGCCGACUAUCGAACUCACAUCACUGGCAUAUCGGCUAAAGACUUGGAAGGAGUUACUUGUUCAUUAGUUGAUGUACAGAAAAACUUGAGGAAGCUCCUAUCACAUGGAUCCAUUUUGGUUGGCCACAGUUUAUAUAAUGAUUUGCAUGCACUAAAAUUCGAUUAUCCCCAAGUUAUCGACACAUCGUACAUUUUUAAGUAUAUGGAUUUACCUACAGGAGCAUCUCCUUCCUUGAACAACUUGUGUAAGUCAGUGUUGGGAUUUGCUGUUCGAGAGGAUGGUGAACCGCAUAACUGCUUAAAUGAUGCACGGGCUGCUAUGAAGUUAGUACUUGCCAAGUUGGAACAUGGAUUUGAUGAUCCCAUUGAAGCGUCUGGAAAUAAUGCGCCUGAAGUUAAGCUGGAAAAGCUGCUGCUUCACAAAAUUCCAGUUGAUGUACCUUGUCAACUACUGCUUAGUGUAUUCCCAAGAGAUUCUUGUGUUGCUGUCGAGCAGACAGAUGUAAGAGUGCGAGGUGAAAGCUAUUCAACAUUUGUCUCCUUUAGAAAUGCUGCAGAAGCAAAUGAAGCAUUCAAAGUGCUUGAUGGACGGGAAAGCAAGGACUCCUGUGGUCGGCCCCAGAAGCACAUCUUCUUGAAGCUUAGCAGCGGACAGACCACCAGCUUUUAUGCUCGAAAGAUGACAGCAGAUGCCGUGUUUAAGAAGUGCGACACGUCAAAGAAGAGAGCGGGAGAGGUCGAGAACAUCAAUUCCGAACUCGAACAAGCACAAGAUGAUACCAGCGAGUCAAAGAGGCAAAGAACAUGUCCGCAUCCGUGCAAACAUGUCACAGAGAUUGAGAGGUUGAAGCAGGAACUCCGAGAGAGGGAGGAUGAGAUAUUUCAUUUGCAAAAGAUCCUUUGCACUGUAGCUAAGAAACAUGGCUUACAGCAAAAGGACUGUUGUUAAGACCAUUAGCGAAUUAUAAUUGUAGGACAUUCUUGCUAUUUAUUGAACAAGCAUGUAGAAAUGACAUGAAGAAAUGAUCAUUCAUUUCCUCAAGUUAGCAUCUGCUUCUUGAUUUGAGAAGAAUGCAGCUAAAGCAAGCAACACAAAUUUCUUUCUAGCCAAUGCAGCGUUUUGUUCUUAGCUAUCUUCGGUUGUGGGGACAGUUGCGGCACAAGCGCAGGAUCAGAAAGUGUUCAGCCUUGUAAAUAAAUUACAAAAAUUGUCGGCUGCAGUUUUAGCUCUUCUGGUAAUUAUCCCUUCGCAUGCAACUUCUAGUUUACAGCUGCACAUCUUGUAGGUUCUAUAUCUCAAUGUCUAAUUUGCGGCUUUCCAUAAUGCAGUUUGGAAGUAAAGAUGAUCUCUCUUACUAUU